GUGAUGGAAACAGUGCUUUACAGGUCUGAGUUGGUCCGUGUUCACUUAGUUAGGGUCCUAUAACUUAAACGAACGUUUCUUAUGUAAACUAUGAUAAUAGUGGUAUUGUGUUAAAUAAAGUAACAAUGCCGUCAUCUGUAGUCUUUGGUACGAACGAGAAAUGGCGCAUAAAUCGAAACAUAUUUGUACUCGGUUUCGCCUUCAUGAUCCACUUCACCGCAUUUCAUGGUACUGCUAAUCUUCAGAGCUCUGUUAACACUGAUGCAGCAGCGGGUACCUUCACAUUGGCUGCGAUAUACUUUUCGCUGAUCCUGUCAAAUAUAUUUUUGCCUGCCUUGGUUAUACAAUGGCUCGGCUGCAAAUGGACUAUGGCCUUAUCAUUCAUAGCAUACAUGCCGUUUAUCAUUGCUCAAUUCUACCCACAUCUUCACACCCUGGUGCCAGCUGGAAUGAUGGUUGGUUUUGGAGGAGGGCCGCUGUGGUGCGCUAAGUGUACUUAUUUAUCAGUCGUCGCAGAACCAUAUGCAAAGCUGUCAGGAGUAUCAGCGGAGGUGUUGGUGGUCAGGUUCUUCGGUCUUUUCUUCAUGUUCUAUCAAAUGGCGCAGAUUUGGGGAAAUCUUAUUUCCUCUUCAAUUUUAUCAUCCAGUCUUGGUGACGUCACAUUAUAUUCCAACGAAACCUACCUAAAUGCUGACGUCAUAGCCUCCUUUAACUACUCGAUACCAGCACCUGACUAUGGUGCUACGUGUGGUGUGAACUUCUGCAGCGGAAGUGAGGAACAUGACAAUUCAAAUUUAGAACCUCCCUCGCCGCUGAAAAUUCAGCUUAUAGCUGGUAUAUACCUGGCUUGUAUGCUCGCUGCUUGUGUCUUGGUAGCUAUAGGAGUUGAUUCAUUGUCCAGGUACAACACCGGCCGUCAGCCAACAGGCCAUGGCAAAUCUGGCCUGCAGCUGCUAGCUGUGACGCUGCGACAAUUACGCCAUAAGUACCAGUUAUUACUGCUUCCUGUUAUUGGCUAUAUCGGUGCUGAACAGGCGUUCAUGGCUGCUGAUUUCACUCAGGCUUUCGUAGGCUGCGCUUACGGCAUCCCAAACAUUGGUUUCGUGAUGAUUUGCUUCGGUGUGUUCAAUGCUUUAGCAGCUCCUGUCGCCGGUGCAGUCGUCAAAGUUACUGGAAGAUUUCCAGUCAUGUUAACCGCCUUGCUCCUAAAUCUCUGUCUUUUGACGGCCCUUCUGCUUUGGAGACCAGACCCCGAACAAUGGCUGAUGUUUUACUUCUUGGCAGCCAUUUGGGGGACGGCUGAUGCUGUAUGGCUGGUACAAGUUAAUGCUUUGUCUGGUAUCUUAUUCCCUGGUGAUGAGGAAGCGGCCUAUUCAAACUUCAGGCUGUGGGAGGCGACCGGCAGUGUGCUGUCAUACGCAUCAGCUCCAUAUCUCUGUGUUCGCACAAGAUUAUACGUCCUCCUGGGUUUGCUGUUAUUGGGUUUCUCUGGAUAUACAACCAUCGAAGUGAUGGAGUACAAAGUAAAGAAACGUCACCACCAAGAGAGGAACUUCGAACUAGUCACGAAAACUGAGCAAGAUUAAUCCUUUGCCUAUGGUUUUUUAGUAGGCGCCUAAAUUUAAGAGUAAACUGAGCAAGAUUAAUCCUUUGCCUAUGGUUUUUUAGUAGGCGCCUAAAUUUUAAAGUAUUUUUAUACUGACAUUGUGAAUCCAGACUUCUUUAACGAUAAGUGAAUUUAUAAAUGUGUUUAUACGCGAAAAGUAGCAGCUACAAUAGUAGAGGAAAGUGUGACUGAAAUCUAUAGAUAUUAUUUUGAUAUCUCAACAUUGAUAUUAAAAAGGUCACAAUUUACCUUUACCCCCUUAUUUAUUUACGUUCUCAAACAUCAUACAUGUUAAAAUAAGGAUAAUCAAAUACUUAUGGAAAUAUGUUAAAAUAUAUACACGUGUGAAAAUGACAUGAGAACUUAAGAACCAUGCCAUGAACCAGGUCCAUGCUACUUCCUGUAUUGCACACCCCUCCGAGGGAACUCUUUGUCUCGAAUAAGUGGCAUGGGUCCAGGCAGCAGCAACAACAAAGCAAAAGAAAACAAUAUUAGUAAAUAAUUAUUAACGAUGCAAGGUUGCUAAAACUACCGCUAACGAAAUAUCUCUAUGGAGUUGCUGAUAAUGUCGGCUGAGUUUUUAUCAUAACAGUCCAUUUUCAUAACAGUUUUUCAGUCAUUUUACUCCUUUUUAUUUGUUGAAUAAAAACUAAAUCUAAUUGCACUCACUAAAAUGCUAUCAUCAUUUUCUGUUAAAUUGUGUUUACGCUGUGAAGAAAAGCGAUAUUUACUUAAUUAAAUAUUGUUGGCGCCGAUUUUUAUUAC